AUGACCCACAUGAACUACGACCUUGAGCCCGCUCAUUCUGACCAACUUGUGGUCCAAGGCACUCAGCCUUUCAAUGCCGAACCACUCGCCUCAGCCCUGGUUGAGUUCGAACUCACUCCCGACGAGCUUGUUUACUGCCGUAACCACGGUCCCGUUUGUGAAUACCCUGAGCACUCGUACUUCGUCACUAUCAAGCAUGGUGAAAUGGACGUCCUUCGCAUCUCUCUUGCUGAUCUCAAAACCUUUCCAAAGGCUGAGGUUACAGCCGCUCUUCAGUGCGCUGGAAAUCGUCGCAUGGAAAUGGGGGCCAUAAAACCUGUGAACGGUGUUGCUUGGGCAGACGGUGUAGUUGCCAACUGUAAAUGGGGCGGCACGAGACUUUGUCAGCUACUGAAGCGCACGGGCGUCCGCGACUACACCCAGGUCUGUUUUUCGUCCUACGCAACCCUUUGUGAAGAUGAUAGCUUCUAUGGUGCCUCAAUCGGAAUAGACAAAGCGACAACACUUGAAGACGAUGUUCUGCUUGCCUACGAGAUGAACGGAGAACCACUCACUCCCGACCAUGGCGGUCCCCUUCGCGUAGUCGUUCCAGGCUACCUUGGGGCACGAUGGGUUAAAUGGGUCGACACUAUCAUUCUUUCGUCUGCCGAAUCUCCCAAUUACUAUCAGCAACGCGACUACAAAAUUCUUCCACCUACUGUUGAGUCGAAAGCUGCAGCAAGCGAGUUGUGGUCGAAGUAUCCUUCCAUGACUGCGCUGCCGCUUAACUCGGUUGUGGCCUCAGUUGUGGCUAUACCAACGGCUGACCCUGGGACUUUCACACUCGAUAUCAAAGGAUAUGCGCUACCAGGACCGAUAGUCGAUGGAAAUGUUGCGACAGUCGAAGUCAGCGUGGACGAUGGUUUCACUUGGAGCCCAGCAGAUAUCACAUAUCAACAAGGUAGAUGGAGUUGGACACUAUGGGAGGUCACCCUCCCAAACGUGUCUUCAUCGGGGACUGUUUACUCUCGGGCUAGGGAUCGGGCUGGAAAUGUGCAAAACAGAAUUUUCAUGUCCAAACGCAAACGCGAGAGUGAAGACAAUUCGGUCAAGAAACGCGCGCCCAGCGCCGAGACCGAAUCUCUUCCGGAAACAGCGAACUCGGAAUGGGCAGGUAUUGCAGCAGAAUUACCCGCCGAUGAAAUUCUACCAACGACGAAGCCUAAACUCCCCCCCACAGGCGAGGAACUUAGGAUGAUGAAUGGCGCUAAGGAUCUUUUCAAAUCCAACACUUUCAAGCUUCAGAUUGAUGCGCUGCUACCUAAUGUCCGACCAAAAGAAUCAAGGCUGUCUCCCUUGAACCACUGUUUAUCCGAAAUACACACCCUUCUGUCCUCCCUGCCUGCAGUCGCGCCCCAACAUCCACUCGAUGCAGCGAAAACCCUUCUCAAAAAAGGCAUAGCUGUACCCUAUGCGAUGCCUGAGCCUACCAGGGACACGAACUGGAAGGUUGGCUUCGAAAAACCUGCUGAUAUCGUUGUCGUGGGUAGCUGGCCCAAUAAAAUUUGCGUGAAAGGCAAAGAUGGGACGAAGUUUGGUGUGGAUUUGGCCGUUGAGAUGCCCUCCACACUUUUCCAAGAAAAAGAUUACCUGAAUGGACGCUUCUUCCACAAACGCGCAUUCUAUCUUGCCCACAUGGCCUCGGAAAUUCAGAAAUCAAAGUACCUGAAUGUUGACGUCGCAUUUGCAUCAGCCUUUGGCGAUCCACGACUCACCAAGUUGGUUAUAAACCCUCGAAAAGAUGGGACGUCUAAUGACUUUAGCAAACUAAAUGCCCAAAUUUGCAUCAUCCCAACUCUGUCUCCACAAAGCCCUAUUCCUCUCCAUCGUCUGUCACCAUCACACUCCAAUCUUCGUCUUGCAGGCGAUAGUGAAAACAUCCCAACGCCCCGUUACAAUUCCUCACUCUUAACAUCCUUGGUCCCCAAGACGCAACUCAUCUCUGCAUACUCUCUCAAAGAAAGCACCCCCUCGUUUGUCGAUGCACUGUCGAUGUUACGCGUUUGGGCUAAUCAACGUGGCUUUGGGGAAGGCGGUCUUCUGUGUGUACGGGGCUUCGACAGUUCAGGCUCAUGGUGGGCUGUUCUCCUAGGAUUACUGGUCUUUGGGGAGGAAUCAGGGUUGAACCGAAAACCUUUGGGUCGGGGGCUGAGCUCGUAUCAGUUAUUCAGAGGGGCCUUGGACUUUCUAUCGAAACACGAUUUUGAACAGGAUGCGGUAUACUGCAAGUCAUCCAUUGGUCACCAGUUUUCUCCAUCUGAAUACGAAGCCCACCAUGAAGCUGUGCUAGUCGAUUCUUCCUCGAUGCUCAAUGUGCUUUGCAACGUACCCAUAGGAUCCCUCCAGCUCCUUCAACACGACGCCCGUCGAACCUUGGAGCUGUUGAGUGACACGAACACCGACACCUUUCCGGAAGUCUUUCUCAAAGAUCACGGGGAUGCUAUGGCCAGGUUCGAUAUCAUCCUGCGCGUUGAUAUUUCUGCAAUGAAAAUUCAGUCUGGUUCUGAGCAGUCUAUCUUAGACUUCGCAUCAAGACACAAUGCCUUGGUCUCCUCCAUCACUGGGGUACUUCGUCAAGGACUUAACAAUCGGGUCAAAGUGUUGGCUGUUCUUCAGAAACCGUCUUCAACCCGCCCACUAUCUCAAGCGUUGCCUACCGAUCCUACCAUAAUAUACCUUGGCCUCAUUAUCGAUACCCAGCAUGCCUUCCGUUUGGUUGACCACGGGCCUUCUGCAGAAGAAUCUGAUCCGACAAUCGCUCAACAAUUCCAUGAAUUCUGGGGUGACAAGGCCGAACUUCGUCGAUUCAAGGACGGUAGAAUCGUCGAAAGCGUCGUUUGGGAUGUCUCCUCAGCUGACGAGCGUCCAUAUAUUCCUGUCAUGAUCGUUCGACACCUGCUUGGCCGUCAUUUUGCUUCAGAGGAUAUUCAGACCUGGCACAGUGGAUACAGCCCGUUGCUCAAGCUUCCCGAAAAAAUUUCGCGACUCUACUCGGCCGCAGGUGUCACUUCAGGUUUUAAAGGUGCUAUCGGGGCUUUUGACGAGUUAGUGAGAAACAUGAAGGCACUCAACACUGCUCUUCCUUUGAGCAUUGCAACCGUCAGUCCAACAUCGGAAUACUUGCGAUAUACGAGUGUGUUUGCGCCAGUGCCGCUCACACAUGCUCUAGCGUUAUCUCUGCCUUCCAAUGGUCGAUUUUUCCCUUCGAUGCAGGUGGUCGUCCAGUUUGAAAAAUCUGCGAAAUGGCCAGAUGAACUACAAGCGAUUCAGAAAAUCAAACUGGCUUUCUUCGAACGCAUUGCCGAUGGCUUGCUGUCCUCUGCGGCUAAUCUCAAAGCGACAGUGGUCAUCAAAGAUUCUAUAUCUGACAUUCAGGACAAUGCAUGCCUUGAAAUCGUUACGGCGGAUGGCUGGGCAUUUUCUCUGUCCAUAUGGCAUGACCGAGAGUCGACAUUACUCGACCGACUUGUUGCUGGCAACAGUACGCAUUCCCAUGUCAAACGACGAACAGACCACAAGAGGACCAAGGAGCAGUAUACCGCAGCUGCUGUCAAGGGCUCUUAUCUUGAACGGUUCAUUCACGCCCCAAGACACCAUCGAGCCGUUUCAGCUCUUCACCACCACAUCCCUGCUUAUUCGGGAACUGUGCGAUUAGUGAAACGGUGGCUGACUGCUCACUGGGUCCUGGAUGGACACAUAACGCCAGAAGCUGUCGAGUUGCUCUGCGCUCAUAUGUUUGUCAACCAAACCAACAGUGAGAAUAUGGAUGUUCCAGGCACUAAGGAACGUGGGUUUGCAUGUGUUAUCCGGUUUCUCAAGCAUUGGAAAUGGGAGGAUGGACUAUUCGUACCUAUAUAUGGCGAGGACAUGGUCGACGCUGGCUCGCUACCCGGGUUACUUAAUGGCGGAGCGGGUGUGUGGCGAAUAACUACUGAGGCUGAUCAGGAGGGGACUGUCUGGACACGGGCCGGUCCUGAUAUUACGCUGGCCCUCCGUAUACAAGCACUGGCCGCUGCAACGUGGGACCGCUUGCGUGGUAUUGAACCCGAUGACCUCAAUAUAGAGUCUUUGUUUACCCACCCCACUGAUGAUUAUGACUUUGUUAUUCAUCUCGACCCGCUGGUUGCGACGCGUCAUACCCAAAAAAUUGGCAUCGCAUCCAAGCCGUAUGCCAACCUCCCCUCGACUGAAUCAUCACCGGUCUUGCGACCCGGGUUUGACCCGGCAAGUCUGCUUUAUGACGAUCUCAAACGUGUCUAUGCGAAUACCUUCAAAUUAUUCUAUGACCCUUUGGGUGGAACUGCCUUGGGUGGAAUCUGGGACCCUACGCUUACGCAGAGCAGGCCUUUCCGAGUUAUGGGUGGUUUCUCCUGUAAACCAUUGCGACUAGAGGAUCAAGGGAAAACGAAGGAUAAAGGUCACGUCGUGCUGAACGAAUCGGGCAUUCUCGGAGAGGUUGAGAGACUCGGGAAUGGCCUUGUUUCCGGAAUCAUUGUUCAGAGUAAAGCAGAGUAA